GUUCGUUCUGUGCAACUCAUAUUGUUCGGCGGCCAUACGAUUCAUGACUACCAAUCGAUGGUCAAACCUGCGACGCCAUGUCCGCGAGGGAGAAGGCCAUGGCUGCAUGAGGGUCAAGUCGGAAUUUGCUUUUUUCUGGAAGGCUAGCCCUAUCCAACACAACUAGAGUUGUAGAAAAUACCGGGUACCAGUUGUGUGACAAGAGCCAUGACCAUGGAAUGAUCUCUUCCAGCUCUGAUCAACUCCUAGCGUCGGUGUGUUUAUCGACACCAGGUGCAGCAACUGUCAGGUACAGAAACCCUCAGUGUGGCGUGGUCUCCACCUUGGUGCUAGGGUACGAGUAUAAACUACGGUUCCUGCGCAAAGGAUAUAUAUCCCUUUAUUAUUUUACUCCGUACUCACCGACCAGGGCCGAAGCUGGAUGGGACUUGAGUGUCUCGAGUCACCAAUAUGGUCCGGUCUACGUAGAAACUCGGACGCUGAAGAAUCGUUUGUAUAUAAAAUUUAACUCCAACCCCGAUGUGGAUAAUGGACCUCGGCACAUGGCAGGAAAACUAGGGCUGGAACGACGAGAGACGAUUAAUGAUCGAUAGACCCACGCCGACCUUUGAGCUGAAUGGACAUUCUCCGACUUCUCGUGUUUGUUUCGGGCUCAAUCAGUCUAGUGGAGUGUUGAUCCUCCAGUCCAGGGCCCCGUCAUGACGUCAAAUCAGGCUAUACCAUUGGAUGUUAUUGAGCUCAGGAUUU